AUGCUCCUGGCUGAAGUCGCUGAGAAGCUGCACGAUCAUCACAGUGAACUUCGCGUCUCCCUUCCCUCCAAUCACCCGCUGUGCGAAGAAGCUCUCGCUGCAACUCUGGAUUGUGUGCACGGCAUUCCGGAACGCAUUCUUCUACCAACCACGAAUCCGCACCGGCGUGCAGCCUUACGACAAAGGGCCCUCGAAAAUAUCAGUUUGGAGAACAACCCCCCCACCGCAUUAAGCCGACGUAUCCGAACCACGGACAAGCUCGAAUCCGCAGGUUUUCCAGAGCCACUCUCUCCGGAACAACGUGCCGCGUUGAAGAAGAAGGCCGAAAACAUGCCUCCACCGCGAGCUUAUGUACUCGAAAUCCGCGCUUUGCGCACAGAGAAAACGCUUGUAUCUAUUGUCGGGAACUCGACAAUCACCGCUGUUGAUUGGGAUGUGGGUAUGCCGCAAUGCCACCUCCAGGGCGUUGAAAUGCUCUGGGACACCGGUGCUGCUAGCACUAUCAUCACGAAAGACAUCCUGAGCCAAGAUUUCCAAGCCUAUCUGUCACACCCAAUCCACAUGCCAUAUAAAAAUGGGGACGGAACUCGUGUCCAGCUUUCCUUCACCCUCGAGUUCACCAACACGCUUGUCACAAUGAACAUGAUCGCAUGGGUCGUGGAUAAAGCAGCAAUCGCAAAUUUCCAGUCAGGCAUUCUCCUCGGUCAAAGGGAUUGCAUCGAUGCCAUCCAGUACAGAUCUGUCCCGCGAAAAAUUCUUGAGGCCAGAGGGGAGUCGGUUGAUGAAAAGUUCUGGAGGGAUCUCAUUCUAGAGAGCUAUGUUGAUUUUGACGGAAGCUUGAAGGAGAUCGUUUAG